AUGGCCAACUUCGCUGUUCCAACGACAGUAAAAUCGAACAAAAAACAGCUUGGACAAGAUAUAUUGAACAGAGCGUUACGCAGUCACCGACAUGACGUGAGUUAUAUUAAAAGUUAUGCCAAUUUCUGCUUUUAGAAAACCUUCUUAUUCAAAGGCUUGGUUCGUUUUGAAUCUCGUACUGAUCAUAUCCUUCCAACUGUUUGUCAACAUGAUCCUAUGGAAUCAGAAGACUGUCUAGUGAGUUUCCAAUUUGGUUUUAUAUUGUUUUAUGUUUAGAUUUGUAAAUACGAGAAAGAAUUGAAAUUGCCCAAUAUACCUGAUAUGAUUUAUGCUUCAAACAUUCUCCGACUUUUGUAUAAUGGAGAAUUGUUGUUGGAAUUCAAUUCUUUAGAUGCUUUGAAGUGUGUUGAUGCUAAACAUUUGCCAGAAGUUAAGGUAAGAUCAUAGUUUUUGUGUUUUUUUAAUUUUAGGUAUAACAGUUUGGUGUUUUUUGUUAAAUUAGCUAUUAAAAUGGCAGGUUAUUGCUUGAAACGUAGCUGAAAAUCUAUUUUAAUGUUUUUAAUAUUUAACAAAAAUUUUUUGAUAAUUUUUUUGUUGUUAUACUAGUUUUAAAAACUUUAUUUUAGGUUGGAACCAGCGAAGCAUGGCAAAGGGCACGAAGCAAUUUACCACCGAUCCCCAAAGCGUAUGAUUGGACUUUUACAUCAGAUUAUGGUGGAACGAUUUCGGAUAAUAUUAGAGUAGAAGAAUGUACAGAUUCAAUUGAUCUUGAAGUGUUAAAACGACCAGAUCCAAUUGAAUUUAUCGAAACUAUACCACUAUAUGAAGACGAAAUGGACGAUAACGGGUCUACUGAGGUAUUUUUUAAAUAUAAUUAGUAUUUUUAUACCUUUAGGUGUAAGAUAAGGUUACUAUAGUGGUAAAUGUGGUAAAGUAAAUUGAUGUAACAAGGAAUAUUAAUAUUAGAAGUGUUUAAUGUUUUAAAAGGAUAAUAUUGUUAACCUUCACUAUAUUCUUUUUGCUUUUUAAAGUUUAAAUUUGUUGCAGAUGACAGUUCGAGUACGAGUAAUGACAACAAACUUCUUCAUAGUUUGUCGCUUCUAUCUUCGAGUUGAUGGUGUUCUUCUACGUACGAUAGAUUCUCGCUUUUACAGUCAAUUGGGAUGGAACUACAUUCUGAGAGAACAAACACGAAGAGAAGCGCUACAAAAAGACUGGACUAGCGAACAAAAAGAACACGCUUUGGACUCAUCACAACUAUGGCAAUAUCUACCGGUCGUGGAGAAACGGUCUCAUCGUAUCUAUUACCCAACUGCUGUCUGA